UCAAGAUGAUGCGCUACGAAGGCAACGAGGAACUCGCAGAUAAAUCAGCGUGCGCGGGCGUUCGGGCGGAUUUGAAAAUGUGUCUGCUGCAGAGUGAUUGUUGUAAGAAGGACAAAAAUACCCCACGUGAAUGCCUAAAUCGUACCGAUGGUUCCGUACCGGAAGAAUGCUUCGUCUUGCGCAAUACCUUCUUCGAAUGUAAAAGAUCUAUUCUCGACAACCGACAACGGUUUCGCGGUAGGAAAGGCUACUAAAACAACAC